GAUUAUUAUGAGCAGCGUGUGUCCCGCUUUGGUACGUACGUUGAGGAAUGACAGCCGGGGAGUCUUCGCUUAAUGUCGGCGGAGGAAGAAGCCUUUCACAGUGCUGACGUCUGGACCUGACGCAGACGGCCAGCGCCAUGGAUCACGUGCUGUGCUUUGCAGACUGUUACAUCUUCACUCCAUACCUUUACCCAGCCUCUUGGCAAGAGGACGGGACUCUGCGUCAGAUCAUCAGCCUGUUUCUUCUGACCAACGUGGGAGCACAACUGCUUUACAUGGUCUUUGGCGCGCUAAGUUUCUACUGUGUCUUUGACCACAGGCUCAUGAAACAUCCACAUUUUAUAAAGAAUCAGGUAGGGCAAGAGAUCCGUCUGGCAACGACCUCGCUUUUCUGGAUGAGUUUCCCCACAGUGAUGCUUUUCUUCUGGGAGGUCAGAGGACACAGCAAACUUUAUGACGGCAUCAACCCAACUUUUCUGGGAUGGUCAGAGGUGUUGGUGAGCAUAGUUGGAUUCUUGUUCUUUACGGACACAUGCAUCUACUGGAUACACCGCUGCAUGCAUCACAGGAGCAUCUACAAGCACUUGCACAAGCAGCAUCAUUUAUUCAAGAUCCCCACGCCGUUUGCAAGCCAUGCCUUCCACCCGGUCGAUGGCUUCCUGCAGAGCUUACCCUACCACGUCUACCCUUUCAUCUUCCCGCUCCACAAGGUCAUCUACUUGUCUCUCUUCGUCUUUGUCAAUAUCUGGACCAUUUCCAUACACGACGGCGACUACCGCAUCCCUGGCCCCUUGAUACAUCUUAUAAAUGGUGCUGCCCACCACGUGGACCAUCACCUUUUCUUCAACUACAACUACGGACAGUAUUUUACCCUCUGGGAUCGUCUAGGAGGCUCCUACAGACACCCCUCGGCCCUCCAGGGGAAUGGACCGCAUGACCACAUCCGCAAGCUCACGACAGAGACAGCAUGGAUGCGGUGACAAUGGAGCAGCGGUCUAAGAGAAGACUGAAUAGACUGAGUUGUUAUUCAUGAUGAUUGUUGUUCACAUUUUCAUCUCCGCUUUCACAUAACAUU